AUGAUGGAAGUUCAAUCCGCAGUUCCGUCUAUUAACUCGAUUCCGGUGGCAGAGCACGGAUAUGUCGACGCCGACAUGCUCCGCACGAGCUUUUCCCUUGCCAUGUCCGACAUGUACAAAGCAGAGGUGCCGCUAUACGAUGAUUUGGUCUCCAUUGUGCAGGGUGUGAACGGUUCUGUAUUACAAAACGUGAAAGAUAAUAUUAAACGCAUUACCCUCGAGCGCCAUGGCGCCAUCCGCCUGGGAAGCCCACAUGAGCUUCGGACGGUUCGUCGGAUCUUCAGUCUUUUGGGCAUGCACCCUGUUGGUUACUACGAUCUUUCGGUCGCGGGCCUUCCGAUGCAUGCGACUUGUUUCCGACCUCGGGAUUCUCAAUCUUUGUCCAAGAAUCCGUUUCGGGUCUUCACUACGCUGCUGCGGCCUGAGCUCCUGCAUUCUACUGAAAGCCGUGAGCUCGCGCUGAGGCUUCUUGGACGGCGAAGAAUCUUCAGUCAUGCUUUGACUCGUCUUAUGGAUACCGUGGACUCCCAACAGGGACGUUUCACAUGCCAACAAGCCGACACCUUCAUUGACGAGGCCCUCAAAUCCUUUCGCUGGCAGCCCGUGGCAGCCGCCACCUAUGAUGAGUACAAUACGCUGAAGGACGACCAUCCCAUUUUAGCCGACAUUGUCUGCUUCCAGACGGCGCAUAUCAACCAUCUGACGCCUCGGACACUCGACAUAGGCCUUUCUCAGCUUGCCAUGCAAGCUCAUGGUAUGGACGUGAAGGAAAGGAUAGAGGGCCCUCCAAAACGCCAAUGCCCCAUUUUGCUGCGUCAAACUAGCUUCCUGGCCCUCCGGGAGUCCGUCCGUUACUGCCACUCCAGUGAUCAGCCUGGUCAAUUUAUUGAAGGGUACCACAGAGCUCGGUUUGGCGAAAUCGAAGAGCGUGGGGCAGCACUGACUCCCAUCGGACGAAAGCUAUUCAACGAGCUUUUUGAAGAGGCCAUGGAUAUCAGUCGCACCACUGGACAGAAAAUGGAUGACGCGCUGAAUCUAGCAUUUGUUAGAUUCCCGGAUAACUGGCCCGAGCUCUACCAGCAGCGGUUGGUGUACUGCGAGUUCACGGUCACUGACAAAGCGCUCCCCGCCCACCUGGUGAGCAACAAAUACCCCCAGGAAGACCUUCUUGAACAAUUGGUGUCAGCUGGCGUUCUGAGCAGAGCGCCAAUCACGUACGAAGAUUUCCUUCCAUUUUCCGCUGCGGGUAUCUUUCAGUCCAAUCUGGAUAACCCUUCAUCAUCCGCGAUGGGUCACAAGAAGCCUUUUCCAGACCAACAAGGGUUCGAAGAGUCGCUAGGCUGCUCUGUCCUGGAUCCCGAUGUCCUAUAUUUCACCAUGCAGCGGAAGAGUAUUCAGAAAUGUAUGCAACAGCUGGGUCUAGGUGUCUUUAAUCUGUCCAAGUCCGGCGAUUCAUGA